UUAAUAUUUGUCUGCUCUGCAUCAGUCGGUGGUUGUUUAUUUUCAUUUUCCAACAACUGCGGAAAAAAACAGCACAAAUUUAAUUCGUAAUAAUACGAAAAAAAUACAAAAUUAUUAACAAAAACUAGAGAAGAAUGCACAACUAAUAAUUAUCUAUCAAUAAAAUUAUAAAUUACACUGCAAAUACAACAUGGAACUCGAUGAUAUAAUUUAUGUCGCUUGUCUGUUGACCUGCAUAGGAGCCGGGAAUUAUGUGAAGAAAAUACCCGAUGAAACCCAAAGGAAAUUCCUUAGUACAGGAUUUGGUCUGUUAAUGGUAUUCCUGGUAUCAGGAUGGCAUACUUUGCAUUGCCUAAUAUCGGCCGGUUUGGGUGCGGCAGCCGUAAUUUAUGUCCACCCUAGCAAAUGCCAUUUGGCGGCCUUUGUUGCCAUGUUUGGUUACUUGAUGUUUUUCCGUUUAAUGGAUUCAUUUGGUUUCUCCGAGCCACCCAGUCAUACGAAUAUGAUACAAAUGAUUUUGACCUUGAAGGUGGCUGGUAUUGGUUUUGAAAAAACUGCCUCUUGGAAGAAACUUCAACAGCGUGAAAAAGAACAAACUGACAAGCAAACCGUUUCGGGAGAAGCUGGUCAAUUGGUUGAAAUUACCGAUUAUGAUGUGGAAAUUCAGUCAAUUAACAUAGUAGAGUUAUUCCAUUAUACUUUCAACUAUAUUGGCAUACUUACGGGUCCCUAUUAUCGCUAUCGCACAUAUCGUGAUUAUUUCGAAACACCUUUCAAAAAUUAUGCUCCCAAUGUACAGGCCACCGUGGAAAAGCUUAAAAGUGCUGGUAUUUAUUGUGCUUUAUAUCUCGUAGCUAAUUAUUUUUAUCCUUUAAGUUACGCCCUAAGUGAUGAAUUCUAUACACAACGUUCCUUCUAUCGUCUAAUGUAUGUGUGGCCCACUUUCUUUAUAUUCCGUAUGCGCAUGUAUACCGGUCUAACGUUGAGUGAGUGUGUCUGUACUAUGGCAGGCUUUGGCGCGUAUCCCGAUGAAUCAGAUGUGGCCAACGGUGAAGGUCCCCGUAAACAAUAUCAGCAUUUGAAACGUGAUGCCGAUAAAAGAACGUAUAACUUUACUUCAAUAGUUAAUACGCGUGUCAUGAACGUGGAGAAAUGCUGGACCUUCCGUGAGGCCAUGAAACAUUGGAAUAUUUGUGUACAAUAUUGGUUGGCAGUGAAUAUAUACAAGUUGUUCCCUAGCAAGAAAUAUAGAACUGCUGCCACACUACUCUGCUCUGCCUAUUGGCAUGGCUUUCGUCCGGGUCAUUAUUUCUGCAUAAUGGGUGCUCCCCUGUAUGUGCCCCUUGAAGAUAUGUGGAAUAGUUUAGUGCGCAAGGACGCCACUGGCCUGCAGCGUCAGAUUAUUGAUGUUUUAUUUUGGAUAUCGAAAUUUUUUGCUUUCAGUUAUUUAGGCACCGCUUCUUUGGUAUCCUUUGGUAAUAUAUGGAAAUUCUAUAGCUCAGUUUAUCAUAUUGGCUAUAUAGGCUGGGCUCUAAUGAUGCUUUGGGUAUUUAUUUAACAAAACAAAAGAAAUUAG